AUGUCAGUGGAAGUUGUCAUCAAGGACGGCGCCCAGACGACAGGAGAGGGUCCCCACUGGGAAGACAGCACGCGCACCCUCCUCUACGUCGACAUAUUAAAUGGCGGCGUCAUACGCUGGAACGCUGUCACUGGACAAAAGGAGGACAAACAUUUUGAUGAGCCUGUCAGUUUGGUAGUACCGUGCCGAAAGGGUGGUUACAUAAUAGGACUGGGCCGCAAACUGGCCCAUUUUGACUGGGACAGUGGAAAGGUGACCACUUUACACGAGGUGCCGCCGAAGGGCUCAAAUGAUAGGUUCAAUGACGGCAAAUGUGAUCCACGCGGCAGACUCUGGGCAGGAACGAUGGGGCAUGAGACUGUGCCUGCCAAUCCCGAGAGGGAGAAGGGUGUGCUGUUCUGCCUUGGUUUGGAUGGACAACUAGUGAGUUGUGUUGAUAAGAUCGACAUCUCUAACGGUCUGGCGUGGACAGAAGAUAACCGUACCAUGUAUUAUAUUGACUCGCUGCCCAGGAAGGUGUAUGGAUUUGACUAUGAUAUCGAGACGGGCAACAUCAGUAACCAGAGGACCGUAGUGGACUUUGGUGAGGGAACACUGGGCAGACUGGGGUAUCCGGACGGAAUGGCCAUAGACACAGAGGGCAAAAUCUGGGUGGCCUGUUAUAGUGUUGGAAAAGUGGUUCGCUUCGACCCCCAGACUGGGAAAGAAUUAAGAACAAUCGAAUUCCCUGCACUUCGGACAACGUCAUGUUGUUUUGGUGGGAAAAAUCUGGAUGAAUUGUACGUGACAUGUGGACGCGAGGGCGCCUCAGAGGAGGAACUGGAGAAAUACCCUUUGUCUGGUUCAGUUUUCAAGGUCACAGGGUUAGGGGUCAAAGGUUAUCCUGCAACCAUAUACGAAGGUUAA